AUGGAUGCUACGGCGACCGUCGCGGGCAUGCUUGGUCUCUUUGCAGCUGUACUGGUUGCCUCCGUGACGAGCUACCGGGUGUUCUUCCAUCCACUGAGACACGUUCCAGGUCCUCUGUCCUCCAAGAUUUCCAUGUGGACGUGGGUGUACGCCGAUUGGAAAGGGACGCGAGCCCACACCAUCCGGCAAUUGCACGAAACGUAUGGCAGCAUCGUCAGAAUUGGCCCUCGGGAAGUCUCAUGUGCCACUCCAGCCGCGAUUCCCUUAUUGUACGGGCCAACAGGACCCUCCAAUACCUUUAUCAGAGGCCCUUGGUACACGGCGCAGAGUACGUCGCCGGAUGUUCAUUCUUUGCAAAGUGAACCGACGCUGCCAGAACAUAACCGCCGCCGCAGAGACUGGGACCCGGCCUUUUCGAUCAAAGCACUGGCUGGCUACAAGAGUAACAUACAACGCAACGCGGAGAUGCUCCUGGAUCAGGUCACCAGGUUAUCUCAUGACGGCUUGGUCGACAUCCGAGAAUGCAUGAUGUGGUUUGGAUUCGACGUGAUGGGCGAGCUAGGCUUUGGUAGAUCGUUUGGGACCAUGGAGGUCGCGAAGACUUCUGACGUGGUACAUCUGGUAGAGUUGGGUGUGCGAAGCAUCAACGUUAUAGGGAACGUUCCGUACGUAGCACACGUCAUGCGAUUUCUCCCAAGCCCUAUUCAGAAGUUCGAAGCAUGGCUGUCAGAUGCGGUCGACUGGCGGAUGGGACACCACGGCGAGAAAGAGUUCGUCGACGCUGACGUGUUCGCAUAUCUGCUCGGGGAGCAGGGGAAACAACGACGCAAAUUGGACCGACGCGAGUUACAGCAGGACUGCAUGCUCAUGGUUGUCGCAGGCUCUGACACCACGUCUAACACCAUGACCUUCUGCCUCUACGAACUUGCCCGGCACCCUGAGGUCGUGGCCAGACUGAGAAAGGAGCUUGAACCCCUGGUCUCCCAGCCUCUUAAUCCACAAGAAUUUGACAGUCUUCGUGACAACGCCCCAUUACUCAAUGCUUGCAUCAAUGAGACCUUGCGCCUCUGGCCCCCAGUUCCAUCGGGACUGCAACGGACGACAACGGUACCCUUGGCCUUGCCCGAUGAUACCACGGGUAGCCAAGGCAAGAUCGUCUUGCCGCCCGGUACGGUCGCCUCGACACACACGUGGACAAUCCACCAUGACCCGAACAACUUCUCCGAUCCAGACAGCUUUAUUCCUGAACGCUGGAUGGAAAGCUCGGCCGCGCACAAUGCCAAAGCCUGGGCUCCAUUCGGCUACGGAUCAACAUCCUGUAUUGGCAAAGGAUUGGCUUAUAUGGAGAUGCGGGCAGUGCUCGCCCAAUUUAUCAUCAGGUUUGACUUUUCCAUCAGUUCAGAGAAUGACAGGAAGUUUAGAGAGUCAGUUCGGGAUCAGUUUGUUGUCUCUACUGGCGCUUUGAAAAUGCAAAUCUUACCACGGAAGCCAGAGUAG